GCGGGUCACGUCGUCCGUCGGUCGCCUUCACUCAUGCAAACUUGGCUCAACUUCAUCCUCUUCACGACCUAAUACUCAUCGACGAUAAUAUCGCCACAAAACAAAAGAAACGACCACAUAGAUAAGCCAAAAAAAGACAAUAACAAAACGCAAAACAAGAGGCGCCAUGGGUUCCGUCGUACUCCCCCAUCUCAACACGGCGUGGCACGUCGACCAAGCAAUCCUGUCCGAGGACGAGCGCCUGGUCGUGAUCCGGUUCGGACGCGACGGCGAUCCGGACUGCAUGAAGAUGGACGAGGUGCUGUUCAAGAUCGCCGACAAGGUCAAGAACUUCGCCGUCGUCUACGUAUGCGACAUUGAUCAGGUGCCCGACUUCAACCAGAUGUACGAACUAUAUGAUCCCAUGACCGUCAUGUUCUUCUUCCGCAACAAGCACAUAAUGUGCGAUUUCGGCACGGGUAACAACAACAAACUUACCUUGGUGCUCGAGGAGAAGCAGGAACUUAUCGACAUCAUUGAGACUAUCUACCGUGGCGCAAAGAAGGGGCGUGGUCUUGUCGUCAGCCCAAAGGACUACUCCACAAGAUACCGCUACUGAUUGAAGUAGCCGCGCAUACCGAUGUACUCUGGAGGGCAUCGCCCCAUUUUCUCUAAUAACCGACUCGUGGAGGAUUGAACGAACCUUGCCUUUCUCUGCGAGCUGGCAUUGUUCAGGCAGGUGAAGCGCACAGAGACGACUUUUACUCGUCAACAUGCACGUGCACACUUGCAUACUUGCACGAUAAUGUGCAAAAAAGUCCUCUCAGCUAUUAGCGAUUUGGGAACUGUUAAGGAAGCAGUGAAAUCCCCGGGAGCUACACUGCAGCCGAGGAAUCCUGCCAAAUUUCGUCACCUUUUUGGGUCCUGUGCGGUCUUUCAAGGUUUGUCUACCGGUGUGACAUGAUGCUAUGAUUCCCGUAUUUUCGCUCUUUUUUGCAUGCGAAUGAUCCCCAGUUAGAUUGUAUUACUUGUUUGGAUACAUAGUGCAACGUGCCAAAAACUCCGAUUAUGUCCAACGCAAAAUACUUUAAAAGCCCCCGAAAAAUGCUGCGCUCUUUAAAAACAAAACAUAGGGGGAAAUAGAUCAUGAAUUAACGAGGGUAUCUUUAAAACAACAAUUGAAAAAGAUCCGUGACGGCAAAAGCCAAAUUAUAUGUAUGCUGUCAUCGACAGGAUAUCCCGUGAGGCUGUGAAGCAAUAAAAUCUUCAGAGCAUGUCCCCACUACCAGGCGGCGACCCCUUGGGCAGGUAUGAACUGGGAAGCUUGGGUACCUGAGGAGGGCCUGGGCGGUCGGGACGGGUGAUAUCUAGAUGCUGCUGCUGCUGCUGCUGCUGCUGCCGCUCAUCCUUGGACCUGCUACCAGUCAAGCGUCUGAUUCGAGUCCGAGUACUUUGAGUAAGG